UCAGGAAAUUGAAGCGAUACGAAUAUACGAUACAUACAUAACCUAUAUUUGUGUUCAAGCUUCGAGCCGAGGUCGCAAAUCGCAAGCUAACCUGUGUUUCUACUAUAAUAAUAACUAAUUUUAAACAUAAUUCAUCUCUUUUUUUAUCCAUUAUAUGUUUUAAGUUUGAUAUUCAUUGAUAAUGAUUGAUCCUUUCCUUGUAAAUAGCACUUCUCAAUAGAGAUGACUGAUUGAACAAUUUCAAUUGUGAAUGAACAAGUUCCGGGAGAUCAUAACUACCAAAAAUUAAAGUAUUUGUUUUACAUAUCACAAUGUUGCAUUUAAAUUCUUCUUUUGAUUCUUGCAAUAAAAUACUAGGCUUAUCUCACCAACUGAUUAAGUUGCGGUUUAUUUCUACAACGUCAAGUAGCUUUGUUAAUGGAGCAUCAACUAGCUCAAAAGAUGAGCAGACAAUCAAUGAUGAUGAUGAAUUUCGAGUGCUCGAUCUCAAACGCAUUCAUCAACAGAAGCAACCCUUUCAGCGAAGACCGAUGAAACCCAAGGCUGUUGUCCCACCUCCACGAACGACGAAAAUGUCGACUGACCAGACGUGGUCGGACGUGUGGCCGGGCCCGCGUACCUUCCACCCGGCCGUGGUGCCUCUGCCCGUACGACAGGGUCGCAACCGACACGGCGCCAGCCCCGACAAGUACGGCAACGCCGAGCUGAUGAAGAUCCCCAACUUCCUGCAUCUGACGCCGCCUGCCAUCAAGAAGCACUGCGACGCGCUCAAGAAGUUCUGCUCGCCGUGGCCGGCUGGGCUGGAGACGGACGAACAGUGUGAACGCCACUUUCCCAUUGAGGUCAUCACCACUGACUACUGCCAUUCGUCGCCCACCAUACGCGACCCUCUGGCUAGGAUCGUCACGAUGAGGUUCAAACUGGGAAGGCUGCCGUUGGACAGACAUUCGCGUGACAAAUUCCUGCGUUUGGUUCGCGAUCGCCACGACGAUGAAACUGACACCAUUACAAUAGUCACUGAUCGGUGCCCUCUCAAAACGCAGAACUACCAGUAUGCGCACUACCUUCUAACUGCUUUAUUCCACGAGUCUUGGAAUUUCGAAGAAUGGGAGAAAGAGAAAUUGGAAACAGACAUGGAAUACUACGAUUGGGAUUUGAAUCCUUCAAAACCAAAAGUUGCAAAAAUUGUGAAAGCGAUGGACCCAAGUGUAAAUGAAGAAAAUCUGCCUGAUGAAUGGAAAAGUAAAGUGGAUAAUUACAGAGAGGCCUUAACACAACUUUACAAUAAAGGCGAAAGCGCAGAAACUCUUAAGAACUACAAAGAUGCUUCACUGAAGCUACUUUUCCAGUAACCCUACUACUUCAUAGUUAUAGAUUGUGUUUGAAUGUAAUUUUCUAAAAUACAAUCAAUUU